AUGGCAUUCUUCUCGUCAGCAUCUACACCCAGCACCUUUGGCGCACGUCCUGCAGCGACACCGGGUCAGAUCAACACUUCCGCAGCGACAAAGACCAGCGGAGACCAGGACCAGGAAGUGACACCCGGCGCUACAGACACAGUCAGCUGUCUCGCCUUCUCCCCUACCGCUGAUUUCCUCGCUGUCGGAAGCUGGGACAACAACGUCCGCAUCUAUCAGAUCAAUAAGACUUCGCCUACACCCGUCCAGCCAUGGCAGCAGUACUCGCAUGAGGCGCCCAUCCUCGAUCUGUGUUGGAGCACCGACGGCGCAAAGGUCUUCUCCGUGGGAGCCGACAAGGUGUGUCGCAUGUUUGACAUGAACACCAACCAGCCCACCGUGGUAGCGCAGCACGCCGAUACCAUUCGAAGCGUUCGCUGGCUCAAUGUGGCAGGUGGUGUGCUGCUGACCGCGGGCUGGGACAAGCAGCUCAAGAUCUGGAAGAUCGAUAAUCCGGCAUCGCCUCAGGCAGUACACUCGUUGACGCUGCCCGAAAAGUGCUACGCGAUGGACAACGUGCAGAAUGUGGUGGUGGUAGCCAUGGCCGAGCGUAUGGUGCUUGGCUUCCGAUUGGAGGAGACGGGAUCCAUCACACCCCUCAUCGAACAGCAAAGUCCUCUCAAGUACCAGACUCGCUCCAUGGCCGUCCUACCCGACGGCGACGGAUACGCUCUCGGCGGAGUCGAGGGCCGAGUUGGAGUACAAUACUUCCACGACCCGCAGGACAAGGACGGCAAAGUCAAGAAGUUCGCCUUCAAGUGUCACCGACGUGCCAACGCCGACCACCCAGAAGUACCGCGCAAUGAGUCGCACCUCUACCCUGUCAACUGCAUCGCCUUCAACGUCCACGGAACGUUUGCGACAGGUGGUGCGGACGGAAGCAUCAAUUUCUGGUGCAAGCAAUCGAGGACCAGAUUGAAAACCAUGGAGACAAAGGGCCCCGCCAACGCGCCAAAAGAGCUGUUGAAGACCAACCCUGCCAAACAGCCCAUCACAGCCAUCGGAUUCAACAGGGAUGCGAGCAUCUUGGCGUACGCCGUCGGAUACGACUGGCACAAAGGCUAUGCAGGCGCAGGGGCGGUGGAGCCGAAAGUGUACAUUCAACCGGUCAACUAUGAAGACGUGAAAAAGAGGCCGCCCAAGGCGUAG